AUUUGCAGACACACAUUCUCGCCCUGCUCGGCGGCUCUCUAGCCUCUAGCUCAGCACAUUCUCCGUAGCCCACUUGCACUAAAUAUAUGCGGUACCGUCAAAGCUUUAAUUACAUACUCUAAAAACCCUGUAAAACCAUACAGUAGCAGGAUGGUUCUGCUUACAAUGAUUGUCCGAGUGGCCGACGGAUUGCCCCUUGCAGCAUCAAUUCAAGAAGAUGAACAGUCGGGUCGGGAUCUUCAACAAUAUCAGAGUCAAGCUAAGCAGCUAUGCCGCAAACUCAACGGUGAAAGUCCCAGCAGAUGCACUUUAGAGGCUGGGGCCAUGCAUUUUCAUUUGGCCAUAGAGAAAGGUGUUUGCUACUUGGCCUUGUGUGAGGUUGGUUUCCCCAGAAAACUUGCAUUUGCAUUCUUGGAGAACCUAGAAACCGAGUUCAAUGAGCAGUAUGGGAGAAAGGUACCUACAGUUUCACGGCCUUAUUCCUUCAUUGAGUUUGACACAUACAUCCAGAAGGCAAAAAAGUCAUACAUUGACAGCAGAGCACGAAGGAACGUGAACAGCAUCAACACAGAACUGCAGGAUGUCCAAAGGAUAAUGGUAGCAAAUAUUGAGGAAGUACUUCAGAGAGGAGAGGCUUUGUCAGCAUUGGAUUCCAAAGCCAGUAAUUUGUCCAGCCUCUCCAAAAAGUACCGCAGUGAUGCCAAGUACUUGAACACUCGAUCCACAUAUGCCAAGGUGGCAGCUGUUGCUGUGUUUUUGAUCACACUUAUUGUGUAUGUGCGUUUCUGGUGGCUCUGAGACCACCAAAUUCAGGAACUCCUAUUUGUACUGAAAGAACAGUCGGGUGCCGGAUCAUUGGCAGCUCCAGAGAAGCUGUCAUGCUUAAUGCUUUGGUCUCGGAUGUCUUCUGGAAUGUGGUUACACCCAUGUUUGGAUUUGAAGUAACUUUUCCGGUCUCCGAUCAUGCACAAAUAGGUGUGAGGCAAUUGUAAUCUUGACAUUCAGUAUGAUAAGAUAUUUUCAGUGUCUGACAUCUACACAGGAUUUUGAAGUGCAUUUGACUUCCAAUUGUUAAUAGCUUAUUAUUAACUCUGUGACUUAAUGUGAUGUUAUAAGAUGUGGUUAACAAUGGUAAUGGUAGAUUAGUAAAUGGCAAAUUGUAGGUGUUUCAGAAAGGGUAUACAGGACACAUAACUAUGAGUAUUCUUUAUUGCACAGAAAUAUUUUUUAAUAUAAAACACAUGAAAAUGCUCCACACAAGUUGUUUUCUGAUGUUUUAGUUAUGUAUAAAAUACCGGAGGCAAAAUCCAAACAGAGGCCUGCUUAAAUGGCUUCAUUCUCUGUAGAAGUCUACACCACAAGGUCAAAGUCAUCUCUCUGAAAACAAACAAAAUCAUACAUAAUGUUAAAAUAUCUUGCCAUGGUAAGAAUAUGACAGUAAUGUGCCUUAAGUAUAUGAUUUUCAACAAAAUUGUAUUCAAAAUCCAGCAUAUUCCUUACCUCCUCAUUGUAAUUCAUGACAUGCUGUUUAAUCUUGGAAGAAUCAACCCAUGUUACAAAGUCCUCCAUAUUCCUAUAACAAUAGAAUUAAACACAUAAUUAAAUUACAUAAA